GUUAAAACAGCACUCCUACCAACAACUCAUCUCCCACUUCAUAAAGAAUCAGCUGUAGUAGGAGAGAGAUGGAUUAUUUUGAGGGGAAGGAGUUAUUGAAUGAUUAAUUAAGCACUGGUGGGAGAUUUUUCAGCUUCAGUGUUAUUCAUUUAUCAUUCUCGAACUCAAAAGAAGACUUUGUUUACGAAAAGCGAAUUAGCAGAAAGUUUUCAUAAAAUGAUAAUUUGACAGUUUUUAGAGAAAACUACUCAUCAUGCAGCAACUGGGAGCCUUCGUUAGAGAAAUGAUUUCUUCACCUUUACAUCGUCCAAAUUUUGUUUUAUAUCUGACAGUCCUCGUGGUUUUAACCAGCGUGCAUAACGUGCAAACUAUAAAGUGGCUAUCAUUGUUGAGAACAGCUUCUAUUGGCACAAUCGACAGCGCUGAAUUAUGCCCCAACCUUGAAGGACUGACGCGGAGGCAAAUCAAAAUCUGUAUCCGCAAUGUCGAAGUGAUGGACAGCGUGAGAUACGGUGCUGAACAAGCCAUCGUUGAAUGUCAGUGGCAAUUUAAAUAUAGGAGGUGGAAUUGCAGCACUGUUAAUGGAACUCGUCUAUUUGGAAAAUCAGUGAGCGAAGGCACAAGAGAAGCAGCAUUCGUCCAUGCUAUUUCAGCCGCUGGUGUGUCCCAUGCAGUCACCAGAGCUUGUAGCAGUGGAAGAUUGGUUCGAUGUGGCUGUGACCGCACGGUUGAAAAACAGCACGCAGAUGCAUUUAAAUGGUCUGGAUGCUCAGACAACAUUGCAUAUGGAACUGCUUUUUCCAAAAGCUUUGUGGAUACUAAUGAUAUCCGACAAGCGAGGGGAAAGUCUGACCCAAAGGCUAUAAUGAAUCUUCAUAACAACGAAGCUGGCAGAAAGGCAGUUGAAUACGACAUGAAGAUCGAAUGCAAAUGUCAUGGAGCUUCUGGAUCUUGCCAGACUAAAACAUGCUGGCGCGCAAUGCCCGAGUUUCGUCUCGUUGGCGCCCAUCUAAAGAAUCGUUUUGAUGGUGCUACCGAAGUCCGACCUAGAAGAUUUGGUAAACGAACAAGAUUGGUUCCAAGUGUGAGCACCAUGAAACCCUUUACAGAUACUGAUCUGAUUUAUAUUAGUGCGUCCCCAGAUUUUUGUGAGCCCAAUGAAAAAACUGGGGCUCUUGGCACGCAUGGAAGAGAAUGCAAUAAGACAUCCAGAGAUGUCGAUGGCUGUGAGCUUCUUUGCUGUGGCCGAGGCUAUGCAAUGCAUAUUCAACGCAGUAUCGAACGUUGCCACUGUAAAUUCCACUGGUGCUGCCACGUCACCUGCAAACAAUGUGAAAAUGAUGUAGAGAGUUAUGAAUGUUUGUAAGAACACAGAAUAAGAAAUGGCGUGAUUUUAAAUCAUCUCAAUCUAUUCGGUGCUUCUUGCUGUUACUAUGAUAAGUAAACUUGAUGGAAUCUGAAAAUUUAGGAUAAACUCUUGAACCUUUCUUGUCUUUAAAGCACGUCAUGUCAGAAACACUACUCUUCUGGAAAGGGUAAUCUUUUGCUGGUAAAAACAUGACAAUAACAAUCAUUGACAAAAAGGGAAGAAAGGAAGUCUUAAAAACUUAUGUCAAAUAUUUUCAAUAGUGUGCCAAAUUGCAUAUUGUUGUUAACCUUUCCUGCCAAGUGAUCUAUCACUACUUUUGAACAUUUUUAACAUUACUGUAGUUCUGAAAAGAAGUUUGAUGUUAAUCGUGUGGCGUUUUAUAAUUAAAACAUGUCUUAGCACAGUUUCUUUUAUGUGUGAUUUAACACGAGACUCACAAAUGCUAAAAAUGUUAAAAUGUGAAACACAUUCAGCUUCAAAGGAAUGUUUAGCCAAUGUUAUGAAAUGCUUCAAGUUUGCUGUUGAUAAAAAUUGAUAACAUUGUACAAUUCAAAAGAAAAAUUACAUCUAUUAUAUAAUUUGUAACUCAUAAUUCCUUUAAAUACCUUCAUUAACUCCUUCAAAUGCAACAAUUUUUUUAUUGUUUAACUUUUAAACAUAUGGGGUUCCUUUACCUUUUUUUGCUUUCACUUGUAGUAUUGUUUUCAUCGGAGCUCAACUUUGUUCUGAAUACUUCUCGUUACAAUAUCAUGUUCAUUGUAGUGCAUUGUCAUACUUUAUAAAAUAAAA